CGACCCGGGUAUGUAGAUGAAGCCAAAAACGGCGAACAACCCGCUCCAAAGAGAGCAAAAUCUGCCCCAAAGUCUGGGCACACUUCUGAGGGCAAUGACCCGUCAAUUCUAAGCCAGAAAAAUGCUGUAGUCGUAGAUGAUAAUGAACAAUCUGACCAACCGCAUGUGGCAGAUGACACGUUGAGCUUGUUCGGAGGGCCAGAAUUUCAAGACAUUGAUGACGAACUUGAUAAUGACAAUCUCCUUGAAAAUAUUGCUCAAAAUUUGUCUUCUCGAGUCUUCAAAACAACAAACUGCCCUCCUAUUUCUGCAUCUCUGGCCAAAAUUAUCAAUUCAAAACUUGCGGAUGAAUUUGAUGCUCCAAAAUUGAAGGAGACCCUUAGCAAGUAUAAACGGCCUGAAAACUGUGAGCAGAUGUAUGUGCCGGAAGUCAACCAGGAAAUAUGGCACAAAAUGAAGCCAUUUGCCAAAAAGGCUGAUAUUAAAAUGGCAAACUUACAAGACACCCUUAUAAAAGGGUUAUCAGGUCUGGCAAAUGCCACUAACACAUUGUUAGAGUGUAGGGAAAGUAAAACUAUCCCUGAUUACAGAGCUAUUGUUCCACAGUUGAUUGAUACCACAGCUCUUUUUGGCCAUGUUUGUAAAGAGCUUUCGUAUAAAC